AUGACUACUGCUCGGUUUAUCAAGUGUGUAACCGUUGGAGAUGGCGCCGUGGGAAAAACGUGCAUGCUCAUUUCGUACACGAGCAACACUUUCCCAACGGAUUAUGUGCCAACCGUGUUCGAUAACUUCAGUGCAAAUGUGGUAGUCGAUGGCAGCACGGUGAACAUAGGCCUUUGGGAUACUGCAGGUUGUCAAGAAGAUUACAACAGGUUGAGGCCUCUAAGUUACAGAGGAGCUGAUGUGUUUUUGUUGGCUUUCUCUCUAAUUAGCAAAGCCAGCUAUGAGAACAUACACAAGAAGUGGUUACCUGAGCUAAGGCACUAUUCUCCAAAUGUACCAAUUGUUCUUGUUGGUACCAAAAUGGAUUUGAGAGAAGAUAAGCAAUUUUUGAGCGAUCAUCCUGGUGCAGCUCCUAUAACAACUAUGCAGGGAGAAGAACUAAAGAAGAUGAUUGGGGCAGUAGCUUAUAUUGAAUGUAGUGCCAAGACUCAACAGAAUGUGAAAACAGUGUUUGAUACAGCAAUCAAGGUUGUUUUGCGACCACCAAAACUGAAGAAAAAGGCCCGCAAAAACAGAGGAUGCACAUUCCUUUGA